AUGUCAUUGUUAAUCGGUACUGGAAAUUCGAAUAUUUCACAACCUGGUACAUCGUUUAGUGAACUACCAAUGGUUAACCAUCAUCAGUUUUCCGAAUCGAUCGCUACUGCUACCGCUAUCGUCAAUAAUAAUAAUAACAACAACAGAAUUAGCAAUCUUAAAUAUCAUGAUAGUAACGGUGAAGUAAUAACGAUGCUUACUAAUCAUGCAACUCGUAGUAAUGACAUGUCAGCGCAAAAUUUUCGACCUAAUGACAUUGAGGACGAUAUGGAAACACAGGAGCUGGCAUCAAUACCACGUAAAUAUAAAUAUUAUUUCAUGCCAAAUAAAUCACAGGUAUUAUUUUAUUUGAGCGAUGCAUCGUUUCUAAGGAUUCGGAGAGCUGGAACUGAAUUACAGGUAACCGAUUCUAUCGAUUUCCCGUUAUUUGAUAUUUGGGAAGAAGUAAAUUGUGAUAAAUCAACAAUGAUUUUGGAAUCAUACGGUAGAACAGUUCUAUUGCUAUCGAAAAAUUCAGCUAUUGGAUGUAUUUCCGGAAAUAAAUCUGAUCCACCUUUUGUUGCUGUAAAUGAUUGGAAUGGUGAUUUAUUCGGUUAUUUUGUACCUGGCGAUCCAUUUCUGAUCGAGGACAGUGAUAAACAAACGAUAGCAAAAAUUUUAGCUGCUGAAAGUGCAUAUGGAAGAGUUACUGUAUGGGUGUGUAUAUUGGAAGAAUCGGGUCAAGAAAUGGCUCGAAUGGAAGAGUACAGUACAAUUUAUUUUACUAAGAAUGUUGGUGGCUUCCAGUUAAAAUUGCUAGCCUUAGCUGCAUUUGCUCGUUUAACCGUUUCCGAAUUUGUCCAAGGCCAAUCCUGUUGUGGCUCUUUUCUUUCGAUGUUAUUCCGCUGUUAA